AUGUCGACCAUCUACGAGCGCGCUGAGGAAGGAUCGCUGACAGCGAAUGACCUGAAAGAGCCUCAUGCGGUCGAGGAACUAGCGACCGUUAACCCCACUACUUUGUUGACUCCAUUGGGAGUGGCAGUGUGGUUUGGCCACGAAAAACAGGUAAAGCUGCUUCUCGAAAAGGGCGCUAACCCAAACGGGGAAAAUGGAGCGCGACCUCCGCUCUGGGUCGCUGCAGCCAAGACGAAGCACAACGCAGGCCGCAUCAUCCAGAUCCUGCUCGCCCACAAGGCUGACCCGUCGAAGCCGUCGGAGCUUGAUCAGAACUCCACGCCCCUAUUGGCUGCGGUCAAGAACGACAGGGCGCCUGCAAUCAUCAGCACGCUCGUUGACGCGGGAGCGUCUCCGGAGAAACAGAAUGAGAAGGGAGAGUCGGCAUUGGCGGUAGCGGAGAAGAAGAAGGACCGUGACAUACUGCAGGCCAUGCAUCCUCGGAACGACAGACAUGGCGAUCGAUUCACAGCUCUUUUCGCACUUAGCGGGCUAGUACUCGGCGUUGUUGCAUGGUCGAACAAGUUCAGCAAGUGGACAGCGGCCGCUAAAGCAGCAACGGCUGUUGCCACCGCCGGCUGCUUUAUCGCUUCUGGUGCCCAAGCUAUCAAGAAGAGGUUCAACAUGAGUGGUUGGUUUGAGUCCAGGUGGUUCCCGGAGGCAUGUACUUCCUUCCCGUUCAUAGAGCUUGAGCUGACAGUUCUACAGCGUUACCAAGAGCCGAAACCGGUGGAAGAAUUCGAGCAACACAUGAGCGAAUUCAUAGAGAAUUCUAAGCUCGACCGCUUUUUCCCUCCAGGAGACACCUUCCUGAAGAAGGUCGUCGAGCGAGCCGUGCGGUUGAACGAGGACCCGUCCAACGUUCUCAAUACGAAUGACCUGUGCCGCCUCGCACUUUACCAGCCCUAUCUCUAUCUCGAUGAUAGCGGGUCUAUGGAGGACUAUGAACGCAAUGAGCACCAGAGAGAGGUGGUCAAGAGAAUCGCCAGUAUUACAACCCGCCUGGUUCCUGACGAGACGGGUGUUGAACUGCGUUUUAUCAACGAGCCAACCACCCCGGAGAUGUCCAGACCCUCUUUGGAUACGAUCGACAGUAUCAUGAGGAAUCUGCCGUUGAAUGGCUGGUCAGAGAUUGGUACGAACUUGAAAACGAAAGUACUCAAUGAAGCAGUCUACGAGCCACUCAAGAACGGAACUUUUAAACGUCCACUCCUCGUGUCCAUCAUCACCGACGGGCAUCCAGCAGGGCCGGAGGGAACUGUGGAGAAAGUUGACACCCUGGAGAAGGCUAUUUUGGAAUGCGGCGAGACACUCAAGAAGCAUGGCUAUGAUCGGACCGUCGUACGGUUUCAAAUCAGCCAGAUUGGCUCCGAUGAUAUGGCAGGAGAGUUUCUGAGGUCCCUUGACAGGGAUCCAAAUUUGAAGGACGUCUUGUACUGCACUGCUGAGCGGUUGGACGACGAAUUCAGGCAUCACCAAGAGAACGAGGCCCGAAUGGAGCAGUGGCUGCUGCAACUUUUGAUGAGUCCUAUCCUUGAUGCAGACUCCAUCUGA